CCAGCGUCCAAGUAGGCGCAGGGGCAGGCAGGUGUCGCCUGCAGGUGUGCCUCGCAGGUGUCCCUACUGGACACCAACUGCUAGGCGGUAAGGCUCAUCGCGGAGCCUAGAGAUUGCUGGGGAUGGAGGAAAGUCACGAACUUUUGGAGUGGACGUGUGUCUUACUUUAUUCCUGAAAUGCAGCAUGGUGCCUGGAAGAAUUCUUAAGUGAGACUACUGAAGUCAGGGCACGUUUCUAGAGGCCACAUCUGACUCAUCAACCACCAAAAGGAGCCUGUUCCAAAUUCUCUGCCUUGGAAGCCUCAUCCUGUGAGGCAGAAUGGUGUUCCCUACAGGGACCCUGUCCUUGCUGCUGCUGGCUGCCAUCACAGGUGGCAGGUGCCAGCAGUGCAGUGCGGGGAGGACUUAUUCCAAUGCCAUCAUUUCACCUAACCUGGAAACUAUUAGAAUCAUGCGGGCGUCUCAAACCUUCUCCGCGGAAGACUGCACGGCUGCUUGCUGUGACCUUUCCAGCUGCGACCUGGCCUGGUGGUUUGAGGGCAGCUGCUACCUGGUGAACUGUGUGCACCCGGAGAACUGCGAGCCCAGGACGACAGGCCCCAUCCGGUCUUACCUCACUUUUGUGCACAGACCUGUCCAGAAGCCCGAGCAGCUGCUGGACUACGGAGACAUGAUGCUGGGCAGGGGUUCCCCCUCCGGAGCUUGGGGAGACUCCCUUGAUGAUCUCAGGAAGGAUUUGCCCUUUCUAGGCAAAGACGGGGGUCCGGGUCCGGAGGAGACUGCCGAGUACCCAGAUGACUACAAAGAACUGGAGCGGGACCUCCUGCAACCCUCCAGCCAACAGGACCCCAAAGGCGGCAUCGAGUACCCCGACUGGAGCCUGGUGCCCGGCAGCGAAGGAGGUCUCAAUGUCUCAUCUGUAGGAGACAGCUCAGCUACUUCCUCAGAGAGGUUGCAGGACCCCACACCUCAGUCACUGGACCAGCAGCAACUGGAGGCCCUGAAGGAGUCCACUUGGUCCCCUACCCCGGGGUACUCAGCAGUGAGCAGCGUGUGGCCCCCCUCUGUAACCACUUUACCUGCAGGAGAGGAGAUGGAGAGAGAGACUUUCCAGCUCCAAGAACAACCGAGUAAUAGCUCUGGAAAAGAGGUUCUAACACCUUCCCAUAAUCCUCCCCGUGCCAGCCUGGAGUCCAGCCCAGCCACGGUAGAGAAAAGCUCUGUUCCCACAGUCCCGCCAUGGGACACAGAAAGCAGCACCCCAACAUUUCCCACCAUUACAGUCCUUUCUGGGAUGACCCCGUCUUCGGCGACUAUGUCACCUACUACUUCUUCCAGGACAGUAAAGGCACUUGCAGUGUCUGCUGGAGAUAACCUUGUGAUAACCUUACCAAACAAUGAAGCAGAACUGAAGGCCUCUGUUGAGCCAGCGCCCUCUGAAGACACAACUUACAGCUAUGAAUGGGAAUUAAUGAGCCACCCUAUAGACUUUCAAGGUAAAAUCAAACAAGAAAACAAGCCGAUCCUCCACCUCCCUCAACUGUCUGUGGGACUCUAUACCUUCAGAGUGGCUGUUUCUAGUGAGAAUGCAUUCGGGGAAGGGUAUGUCAAUGUCACUGUCCUGCCAGCUGCAAGAGUCAACCAGCCACCCGUCGCAGUUGUCUCUCCUCAGAUACAGGAACUCACUGUGCCUUUGACCUCAGCCCUCAUCGAUGGCAGCCAAAGCACAGAUGACACUAAGAUAGUGAGUUACCACUGGGAAGAAGUCGACGGGCCCGUCCUAGGAGAGGUGUUUCCAGCUGAUGCCCCGGUCUUACGCUUGUUGAACCUAGAUCCUGGUAACUACACUUUUAGGUUGACCAUCACAGACUCAGAUGGCGCUACUAACUCCACCAUAGCAACCCUCAUCAUCCGUGAUGCUGUGGACUACCCACCUGUUGCUAAUGCAGGACCAAAUCAGACCAUAACUUUGCCCCAAAACACCAUCACUCUGAAUGGAAGCCAGAGCAGCGAUGAUCACCAGAUUGUCCUUUAUGAGUGGUCCCCAGGCCCUGGCGGUGAGAACCAAGAGGUGGUCAUGCAGGGAGUGCGGACCCCAUACCUCCGCUUGUCUGAGAUGCAGGAAGGAGAGUACAUAUUUCAGCUGACGGUGACAGAUUCCUCAGGACAGCAAUCCACUGCUUCGGUCGCCGUGAUUGUCCAGGCUGAGACCAACCAGGCUCCAGUGGCGGUGGCAGGCCCCGAUAAGGAGCUGUUCUUCCCGGUGCAGAGUGCUACACUGGAUGGGAGCAGGAGCAGCGAUGACCACGGCAUUGUCUGCUACCACUGGGAGCACAUCAGGGGUCCCAGUGCUGUGGAGAUGGAGAAUGUGGACAAAGCCAUAGCCACUGUCACUGGGCUUCAGGUGGGUACCUAUGACUUCCGUCUAACCGUGAGAGACCAGCAGGGACUGAGCAGCACGUCCACCCUCACCGUGGCUGUGAAGCAGGAAGAUAACAGUCCUCCGAGAGCCCAGGCCGGUGGCAGACAUGUUCUUACACUUCCCAAUAAUUCCAUUACCUUGGAUGGCUCAAGGUCUACUGAUGACCGAGGGAUUGUGUCCUAUCUGUGGAUCCGGGACGGCCAGAGUCCAGCUGCUGGCGAUGUCAUUGGAGGCUCUGACAACGGGGUGACUCUGCAGCUCACCAACCUGGUGGAAGGAGUCUACACUUUCCACCUGCUAGUCACGGACAGUCAGGGGGCGUCGGACUCAGACACUGCCACCGUGGAGGUGCUACCAGACCCCAAGAAGGACGGCCUGGUGGAGCUGAUCCUGCAGGUUGGUGUGGAGCAGCUGAUGGAGCAGCAGAAGGAAACCCUUGUGAGGCAGCUGGCUGUGCUUCUGAAUGUGCUGGACUCGGAUGUGAAGGUGCUCAGGAUUCAGGCACACACGGAUGUCAGCACUGUGAUUGUAUUUUAUGUACAGAGCGGGCCACCUUUCAAGGUUCUCAGAGCUGCUGACGUGGCCCGGAAUCUGCACAGGCGGCUUUCAAAGGAGAAGGCAGCCUUCCUACUUUUCAAGGUCUUGAGGGUAGACACAGCAGGAUGCCUUCUCAAAUGUUCAGGUCACGGUCACUGUGACCCCAUCACAAAACGUUGCAUUUGCUCCCAGCUGUGGAUGGAGAACCUCAUACAGCAUUAUAUGUGGGAUGGCGAGAGCAACUGUGAGUGGAGUGUGUUCUACGUGGCAGCACUGGCGCUGACCCUGACAGCGGGAACGGGAGCUGUGGCCUGGCUGUGCAUCUGCUGCUGCAGGAGACGGAAAAGGACUAAGAUAAGGAAGAAAACAAAGUAUACCAUCCUAGACAACAUGGAUGAACAGGAAAGAAUGGAACUGAGGCCCAAAUAUGGUAUCAAGCACCGGAGCACCGAGCACAACUCUAGCCUGAUGGUAUCAGAGUCUGAGUUUGAAAGCGACCAGGACACACUGUUCAGCCGAGAGAGGAUGGAGAGAGGGGUCCCGAAGGGUUCCCUGAAUGGUUCCGCCAGAAAUGGAGCUUCCUUCGGUUACUGUGCAAAGGACAGAUAAUGGGCUGUGUGUGGCGGGACCUCUUGGGCCUGUGACUUGGUACUAGACAGUGGAAGUUGAAACACAAAACUAACUCCUUCUUGGCACAGCACUUUAUCAGCCCUUCCCAGGGGCCUUGUUCUGUGCUCCACAUAUUUAUUAAAAGACCCAGGUUCUUAGAAUUUUCAAGACAAAACAGAACAUUGCUUAUUCAACUGAGGCUCAGUAAAUAGAGAAAGGGGCACAUAAAACUUCUGCGCAGUGUACUGAAAAGAGUUUUGUGUCUCUGUGCUGGACACUUGUUAUAUUUAUUGCCCACAGUGAAAUAAGGCUAGCACUUGUUACUAUUUAUAGCCGCUUAGGAAAAACAAGGGGGGUUGAUUUCCCUGUAGAAACUGUGACAGGAAACCUUCCAGGAGUGGCCUCUCAGAGGACCUGCCGGAUCAGCUUGCCAUUCUUCUAGGAGGCAGCAUCCAUCGGCAUGCAGCGGGCUGCCUGUGUUGACCAUGGUGGUCGUUCAGGAGUUAAGGAAGAAUCGGCAUCUAAGGCCAGGAGGCACCGAGGUGGGGAGGGGCUAAGGACUUGCAGGUUGAGUGUUGAAGGUAGCCUUUACCAUUCCUUUCUUUGUCUUGCUCAUUUCUUCUCAUUCUCUAAGAAAAAGAGACCACACCGGGCGAUGGUGGCUCACGCCUUUAAUCCCAGCACUCGGGAGGCAGAGGCAGGUGGAUCUCUGUGAGUUCGAGACCAGCCUGGUCUACAAAAGCUAGUUCCAGGACAGGCUCCAAAGCCACAGAGAAACCCUGUCUCAAAAAACCAACCCCCCCCAAAAAAAAAGACCACAGUGGGGCUUUUUUUCAGACCUGGUGGACAUUAAACUGACUGCUUGUUCCCUUGACUUUUAUUGAGUAUGCACCUUAGCACUGCCGUAGAAAAGGGAAGGAUCCAGUGACUGCGGACAUAUUCCAGAACUCUGAAACAUGUUCUUAAUGAGGGUAGUGUGGUCACCAUGCUCCUACAAAGACUUCCCAUGGAAGUAACUGGAUAGAAAGUUCACUACUUAUGCUUAAAAAUGUAUGUAAGGUGCUAGAGAAAUGACUAUAUUCAAGAUCACUUGCUGCUCUGGCAGAGGACCGUGGUUCAGUCCCUAGUACUCUCAUGAUGGCGUACAACUGUCCAUAACUCCAGUUUGGGAAGAGGGGGUUCAGUGCCCUCUUCUGGCCUCCACUAGCAACAGCAAUGUACAGAGUUCAUGCAUGUAGGCAAAAUACUCAUGCACAUAAAAUAAAACCCUAAAAACAUAUCUAAAAUUUAAAGAACUAAAUCAUAUUUUAGUUCUUUACACAAAGAGGAAUGGAAGCACAUCCUCCCACAAAGUGGCACCCGAGCAAUGAACUGGAGCUAGCUGAGAUGUUGACAGACUUGUGGCAGUUGUCCAGCUGCCCAGAGCCCUAGGGCUGGGAGCCUUGGCAAUGGCCUUGGCAUUCAAAGAGUAGGAGAGCCCACUACUGUGGUCCCAGCACCUGGGGAAGGAGAGCAAGGAGGAGCACAAGUUCAAUGCUAGCCUUGGCUACGCAGUAAGUUUGAUGACAGCCUGGACUACACGAGACCCUAUGUUAAAGAAAGAAGAAAAAAAAGUAGGAGAAUUAGGACCACAACUUAAAUUUUAGUAGUUGUUUGUUUCUGGAAUUUUCUAUUUCUCAGCUAGAGGUAACAGAAAGCUCACAACAAAACAAAACCCAUGAGCAAGAGUGCACUGUACCAUACUUUACUGGGAAAAUGGUCAAAUUAAAAUGUGUAGGAAUGUACUUUUAUUUUAAAAGUAAUUUCUCGGUUUAUGCCUAUACAUCCUAGUUCAGUAUUAUCUAUGUUGUUAGAGGAAAAGUGAUUUUUUUUUAAACACUAGUAUUUAGUUUUAUGAACAGAAUCUUCCCAAUCCUCAGACCAGUGUGAUGCUACCUUUUGUAGGGAACCGGACAUUUCUGGCAUAGAGAAUGUGGUCUACCUUGGACCAACAGAGCACAACUGUGAAUACCCACUGCUUUAUGUAUGCAUAAAUAUGCAUAAUGUAUGCAUUGCUCAUAAUUAAUCGACCUUUAGGAUUCAUCUCGAAAGGGGACAUGCCUAUGUCAUAGACACUCACCGAAGGUCUGUGGAGCAUAAGGGCUUUUUCCAGGGUCACAGUCAGCAGUAAAUCUGGGAGUGCCAAGACCUGCUGUGCAGUGCAUGAAUAAGUCCAGCCUUCAAUGCUGGGGGGCAGAUCCUGGUGAGCCUUCCAGACCCCUGGAAGUUCUGCUGCUGGGGCAAAGAAGAAACCUUGGAGUGUGUCUGAAAGCGGAAGAGAAAGUGGGAAUCCAUGGACCUAGUCUCCCCACUGGAGCAAACUCUGAGCUAGCCUUCCCUCUAGGUUUGUGACCUGUGUGUGUGCCAGUUCUGUCCUUGGCUAUCUCAGCCUGGCCUCUCUGCUCCACCCAUCACAAAACAACCUUGAAUCUAUGGCAAAGCAGAAAUAAACAUCACAGUGACUACUGGAAAAUGGAUUCCAUCUUGUGACCCACUUGUUUCCUGGGGAACAAAAGAGGGAGUAGCUUGGUCACUCAGCGUUCAUUUUGUGCUGUUUAUAACUGCAGAUCUUGGGACCUGAAGGUUCUAAGCCCUGUUAGUAAACAGAAGAGCAAGUCUCUAGAGCAGUGGUCUCAACCUUCCUAACGCUGCCACCCUUCUUACAGUUCCUCAUGUUGUAGCGACCCUCUACCAUGAAAUUGUUCUGUUGGUACUUCAGAGCUGUAAUUUUGCUACUGUUAUGAAACCCUUGGGAAAGGGUCGACUCCCAGGUUGAGAAUCGCUGCUCUAGCGUCUGGGAGAGAACAUCCAUAGGGCUCAGAGGCUGAGAGCUCAGAGGCUGAGAGCUCAGAGGCUGAGAGCACAGCUAAUUACUGUUUUAGACGAAAGUCCAACCCAGCCUUCCCCCAACUGAGCCUAUUUAAAACACCUUAAAGACAGGUAGCAGGCAGCAGCAGUCACCUGAGAUCCUAGCACUGGGAAAGUAGGGGCAGGAAGAUCAAGAGUUCAAAUCACCACCCACAGCUGCAGAUGGGAUUCAAGGCCAGGCGGGGCUACAGACCUGCCCCAAGCAAGCAAGUAAACACCCAGUGAA